AUGUCUUUUUCAGGCGUUUUGCAUAAAUACGCGUCCCGGAGAGUCGCGUUUGAGUUUAAUUCGACCCCUUCCAAGAAGGUGGUGGUCUUCAUUGGAGGUUUGGGCGAUGGUCUACUGACGGUGCCUUAUGUUCCCAAGUUGGCGCAGGAACUGGGGUCUUUGGGCUGGUCCGUGAUCCAGAUCCAGUUCACAAGCAGUUUUAAGGGCUGGGGGCUGACGUCCCUGGACCAGGACGUGAGCGAGAUUAAGGAGCUGGUAGAUUACUUGAAGUCCACAGAGGGCGGCUCUCGUGAACGCAUUGUGCUUUUCGGACACUCCACAGGCUCGCAGGACACCAUGCACUACCUUUUGAAAUUCGGCGAUACCAUCGACGCGGGUGUUCUACAGGCCUCGGUGUCGGACCGCGAAUUCUUCGGACAGGCUGUUGACAAAGAAACCUGGAACAGACUCAACUCCAAAGCCAAGGAGCUCGUCGACAAAGGACAGAAGGAUGAGAUCCUUCCGCUGGAGUAUGCCAAGGUCAUGAGCGAAACGCCCGUCACUGCGUACAGGUGGUGCUCGCUGGCCCUCCCAGGCGGCGAUGAUGACUACUUCUCGUCUGACAUUCCCGACGAAACUCUAAAGACAACUUUUGGUAGGGUCAAGAAACCAUUUUUGGUUGCUUACUCAGAACAGGACCAAAUCGUCCCUGCCUACGUCGAUAAAAAGAAGCUUCUAGAUAGAUGGCAAGCGUGCAGCAACACGGACUUCUGGUCGAAAAACUCGGGUUUGGUCAACGGCGCCAAUCACCAAAUUGAGCAGGUGCAGUCGCAAGAUCAACUUCUUUCGAUGGUGCGUGAAUUUCUUACCGAGUUCCAACUUUAA